UACAUAGUUCUAAAUACAGAAAAGUGGCUCUAAGAAAGUCGCAAAGAUUCUGUAUCAACCUGAAAUUUAACUGCAGAAAGUAGUAAUUAUUAGAAGAUAUGAAGGUGGUUUAGGAGACUGUUCAGAGCCCUGUAGUCUAUCAGAGAGAAAAUACAGAUUUGCUGAGGCAUCGCCUCGGUUUAACCACAUCAGUCUAAGUACGUGAUUGAAGUUCUGUCAUGUCUUUGAAAUGAGAAGAAAAUAGUUUUUGACUGUCAUAGCACAGAAAGAUGUGGACCCUGAACCCACAAACAUUUACACAUACUUACUAGUACUCACUCAAUCCCCCUGAAUUCACCCUUGCUAAUAGCUUCCGUAAAAUUGAAUGUGCCUAUAUAGAUCUGAUGCCUUAAUGUGGGAUGUGACAGUUACUUUGUUACCAUCUGCAAAAGCAGUCUGAAGGUUUCAAACUACAGUGAAUAAGUAAGUCGUUUAAAUAGAACCUUUGGGGGUAUACUUAAACUCUAAAACAACAUUGUCACUAUUAAAAGGUCAAAAAUGUAUGUUUUAAUUUGUAAGCUAUAUCUGACACUAUAUGUGCAGGCGCACAAUACUGACAUUAGCGCAAAUUGAUUAUGCCUUCUGGGUUUGACGGUUAAUUGAAUUUUGUACUCAAACUGAUCCAUCUGGUGCGUUCCACUCACCAUACAACAUCUAGCACAGACACCAAAUUAACACAGAUGAUACAGUCGAGAAGUCUAACAAGUGCUUAACUGGACAUUUUAGCAUUUAUUUGAUAUACUGGUACAAAAACUAGACAAUUUCAGUGUUUGCAGGAAUAAUCAUGGCAUUGCUUUGCCACGAAACAGGGAAAGUCUUAAAAUGAGUUAGACCGUUAGGCUGCUGGGAGGAUACGCUGUCAGGUGAGGGCAGCAGCAAGGUUUCCGCUUGGAAUACGCCCCUGGAGCAAGUGAUUUGUGCAGUGCACACACUCUUCCUUUCUUGCUGGAAGCACAGAGCUGCUCACCUAUUUGAGCUCAGCAGCAUUAGAGUGUUAGUGAAUUGCAAGGCUUGGGAGAAACCAACAAAAAGAGAAGAUCAGCAGACCGAAAAAAGCAGAUUUUUGUUCCAAGUCUGACCCAUAGGGCAGGACAUGAAAAAUUAUCAUAUAAAACUAUCUUUAAAGCAUUUAAAGCUUAUUUAAAGGGGGGUUAGUAGAUCACCUUGCGUAUGGAGAAUUAUAAAAGCAGAUGCAGUUAUCGGUCAUACUCGGUCUUACAUCGGUAUAUAAAGAUUACUUUAAUCAUGAAAAGGAAGCAAUAAAUAUAGAUGGUCGUGGCGUUCAGUAGAAUCAAAGGUUGCCUUUCACCUGGGCUAGCGCUUGUCACGGUGCGCUGGCAGGCUCCUGUCUGCGGCCCUCCUGUCCGUAGCUCCUUCGCGGCUGGCAGUCGGGCAGCAGCCUGCAGCGAGCGCCAGCUGCCAGCGGCCCUUCGGCCCCGCGGAGUCCGGUGCGGCGGUGCCGCCGGGGCGCCCGGGAGCAGCUGGUUUCCGAGCGGGCGGCUGGGCGCAGUCACGGAGUCGCCCUCGGGGGAGGCGCCGGGCGGCGGCGGCGGUUGCCCGGCGACGGCGUGACGCGAGCGGAAGCGCGGGGAGCGCGUCCGGGUCGCGGCGAUGCCGCUGGUGGUGCUGUGCGGGCCGCGGGGCAGCGGCAAGAGCCGCCGGGCCGCCGAGCUGCGGGCGGCGCUGGGCGGCCCCGAGCGGGCGGCGCACGUGGUGGCCGAGGCAGAGGGCGGGCGGGCGGCGCUGCUGGCCGAGGUGGAGCGGCGGCUGGGGCGGCGGGACGUGGUGAUCGUGGACGCCGGCAACGAGCUGCGCAGCGUGCGCUACGAGCUGUACUGCGCGGCGCGGCAGGUGGGCACGGCGCGCUGCCUGCUGCACUGCACCGGCGGCGCCGCCGGCCCCGCCGACCCGCCCUUCGAGGCCCCGGACCCGCGCAACCGCUGGGACCGGCCGCUCUUCACGGUGGGCGCCGAGGAGCCGCUGCCGCUGGCCGACAUCCGCGCCGCCCUCUUCGAGAGCCGCCCGCCGCCGCCGCACCGCGCCACCCGCGCCCAGCCGCUGCAGUCGGCCGGCUUCCUGCACAGCCUCGACCGCGUCACCCAGGAGGUGCUGGCCGCCGUCCUGGACGCCCAGCGCGGCGGCACCCAGCCCGGCCAGCUGGUCCGCGUGCCCGGCGCCGCCGAGGCGCUGGUGCUGAGCCGGCCCGUCGGCAUGGCCGAGCUGAGCCGGCUGCGGCGGCAGUUCAUCAGCUACACCAAGAUGCAGCCCAGCGACGAGAACCUGCCCCAGCUGGCCAGCAUGUUCCUGCAGUACCUGAGCCGCAGCAUCCAGUGAGGCCCGCGGCGCUUGCGAGGUUGCUGCAGGUUGUGCUCCGGCUGUCGCUUUCCACCCACUGACCCCGAGGAGCUUGCGUACUGCCCGUCCCGUGUGAGAUUCGGCAGCCACGGCUGUGGGAAGGUGGAUCUUGCGUUCCUGCGGCAGCUGAACAAGCUGUGCCAGGGAGAGGAGCAGCAGAGGUGCCACCCCCUGUUCUCCCCAUCUUCUGGAAAGGAAUUUCCUCAAGCAAGUGAACAGCCUCCCAUGGAGACCUAAACCCCCAAAAUCAUAGCGUGUGAAGCUGAAAGCCCAAAGGUGAUGGCUGUGGCGGAACCUUCUCCCCUCCCUGUCGGCAUACGUCUUGAAUAAGAAGGCUGGUUUUCUAAGGCUCUCUCCAACUACGUCAGGCUGCAGAAGAGGCUUCUGUUCCAGGACUAGAGCAUGCGAUAUUUUUAGGAUGCAACUGUUUCAAGAAGUCCUACUGAACCCAAGAGAUAGAUCUGUGCAUGCUGCACAAUGGAAGGGUGCUGGCUUAGCAAGCUCAAACCUCUCUUAUUUUAUUAUUAAACCUGAAACAGUGUGCCUUAAAUGGAGUGGAGUCUUAAUUUACUUGCAGAACUAUUUUAUUGAAAUAACUUGCUAUGGCUUUUCUCUGCAAGAUCAUUAUUAAACACAUUUAAAUACCUUAAUUGUUUAAGAAUGACUGCUGUCAUAACACAGAUGACCUGAAAUGACAUUGUCUGCUCCAGGUCUGACCUUGAAACUCUGCUGUAAGUCUUUACCAGCUGUGACUGAAUAGCUUACUUUUGGCCUUACUUCCAACUUAUUUCAGUCUUUGCCAUAUGAGGUAUAUAGCUAUACAUAGUUCUCUACUCUCUUACUUUCUGAUGGAUGAUUCACCCCCCUUUUUUGUAAACACUGUUGGGUUUUGGUUUUAACUGUACAUGUAGUGUUACCUGAGAGGAAAUGGUGAAGGGAGCAGGAAGAGUUACUUAAGUGAGUUGCUCAGCAUUUACCGUUUAUCUGAUAUACCAGCUGAUAAAUGGACCUCUGUAUUGUGGAACUGAGAAAUGACUACAAAAAUGUUUUGAUGUAUAUAAUCUCAUUUCCUAAUCAGAGUAAAGAGAAUAAAGUGGAAAAAAUGCA